AGGAGCACCCCUCGCUCGGCCGCGGCUCCCGCUCUGCCCCCUCCGGUGACCGCUGCUAGAAGACAGGCCGCGGGCCGGAUGUCGGGCUGCUGGGCCGGGGCCUUCCUCCGGGCUUGGGGGUCGUGGCCCGCGGGGAUUCUGAGAAGGAGGCCGCUAAGCUGCAAUGCCGCCGCGGCCCGGUGUUGGAACUGCGGCGAAGCGGGGGGCGCGGCGCGGGGAGAUGGGUUCUUCUGCCCGCAGUGCCACUCCCUGCAGCCCCCUGACCCCACUCGGGACUACUUCAGCCUCUUGGACUGCCACCGUUCCUUCAGAAUUGACACUGGGAAACUCCAGCAUAAGUACCAGCAGUUACAGCGGCUUGUCCACCCAGAUUUCUUCAGCCAGAAAUCUCAGACCGAAAAGGACUUCUCAAAGAAGCACUCGACCCUGGUGAAUGACGCCUAUAAGACCCUGCAGGCCCCCCUGAGCAGGGGACUUUACCUUCUAAAGCUCCGUGGAAUAGAGAUUACUGAAGGAACAGAUUAUAAAAUGGACACACAGUUCCUCAUGGAAAUAAUGGAAAUCAAUGAAAAACUCACAGAAGCUCGAAGUGAAGCUGCCAUGAAAGAGAUUGAGUCUGUUGUCAGAGAGAAACAGAAAGAAUUGACUGACAGUGUGAGCAGAGCUUUUGAACAAGAUGACUUUGAAAAAGCCAAGGAGAUUUUAACAAAGAUGAAAUACUUUUCCAACGUAGAAGAAAAGAUCAAGUUAAAGAAGAUUCCCCUCUAGCUCCCCUAACUGUAGCAUUUGAAAAAUAAAAGUUCGUGUAUUUCU